GUGCUUGGUAUUUCUACCCCUUCGGGCUGCAGUCGAUCCACCCCGCUGUGGUUUCCUGGUGGGCGGCGAGGGACGGCAGGAGGCAGCAGGAGGUGUGGGAAUCCAGAGACGCCGCCCCCCAUUUCCAGGCUGAGCAGCGCCUGCUGUCCCACGUGCACUCCCUGGAGCGGCGCCUGGAGGCCCUCGCAGCAGAGUUCUCCUCCACCUGGCAGAAGGAGGCCGUGCGGCUGGAGCGCCUGGAGCUGCGGCAGGGGGCGGCUGGCCAGGCCGGUGGCGGCCUGAGCCAGGAGGACACCCUGGCCCUCCUGGACGGGCUGGUGAGCCGCCGCGAGGCCGCCCUGAAGGAGGACCUGCGCAAGGACGCCGCGGCUCGCCUGCAGGAGGAGCUGGCCGUCCUGAGGGCGGAGCAGCACCGGGACGUGGAGGACCUCUUCCACAAGAUUGUGCAGGCCGCCCAGGAGUCUGAGGCUCGAGUCCAGCAGCUGAAGUCCGAGUGGCAAAGGACGGCCCAGGAGAGCACCCUGAAGGAGCUGGGCCGGCUGGAGGGCCAGCUGGUCUCCCUGCGCCACGAGCUGGAGGCCCUGGCCCUGAAGCAGAGCUCCGUGGCGGACGAGGUGGGCCUGCUGCCCCAGAGGAUCCAGGCCGUGCGGGACGACGUGGAGUCUCAGGUCCCUGCCUGGAUCACUCAGUUCCUUCACCGCGGCGGGGGAGCCCGCACCGGGCUGCUGCAGAGGGAGGAGCUCCAGGCUCAGCUGCGAGAGCUGGAGAGCAAGAUCCUGGCCCAGGUGGCGGAGACGCAGGGCACGUCGGCCAGGGAGGCCGCAGCCGCCCUCAGUCUGACGCUGCAGAGAGAAGGCGUGAUCGGGGUGACUGAGGAGCAGGUGCACCGGAUCGUGAAGCAGGCCCUGCAGCGCUACAGCGAGGACCGCAUUGGGAUGGUGGACUACGCCCUGGAGUCGGGAGGGGCCAGUGUCAUCAGCACCCGAUGUUCCGAGACCUACGAGACCAAGACCGCCCUCCUCAGCCUCUUCGGUAUCCCUCUGUGGUACCACUCCCAGUCGCCCCGCGUCAUUCUCCAGCCCGACGUGCACCCGGGCAAUUGCUGGGCCUUCCAGGGCCCCCAGGGCUUCGCUGUGGUCCGCCUCUCUGCCCGCAUCCGCCCGACGGCUGUCACCUUAGAGCACGUGCCCAAGGCCUUGUCACCCAACAGCACCAUCUCCAGUGCCCCCAGGGACUUUGCUGUCUUUGGGUUCGACGAGGACCUGCAGCAGGAGGGGACCCUGCUCGGCAAGUUCACCUACGACCAGGACGGGGAGCCCAUUCAGACGUUCUACUUCCAGGCCCCAGCGAUGGCCUCGUACCAGGUGGUGGAGCUGCGCAUCCUGACCAACUGGGGCCACCCCGAGUACACCUGCAUCUACCGCUUCAGGGUGCACGGGGAGCCUGCCCACUAACGCCUUCCUUGUGCCUGCAAACAGCCCUCUCAGCACGCACCCCUGCCCUGGGAGGGGGCGAGCAGCAGCCCCACCCUCGCACACAUCUGACCAGCGCUGACUUCUGGGAGGAGAGGCGGUCUGCAGGGGCCAGCGGCUCUCCACACCUCCUCCACACGCUGCGCGCAGGGGUGUAUAUAUGUAGCAUAUCGUGGGGGGACUGGGAGUUGGGAGGUCGGGCCCAGCUGCCCUCGCCCAGGGCGGAGGGGCUGGCACCCAGGGGUGCAGGUAAAGUGGGUGCCAAAGCUGCGGGCUGAGUAGUGCUGCCUGGCCACUCGCCCACGCACUUGCACACUCACACGGGGCUGCCGGCCCCUCCCACAGGACUUGUGCCAUUGGCCCACGGGCCCCGAGGGGCUUCUCGCGAAGCCUGGAGUUGUGCCAAGUGGGGGCGGUCGUGAACGGUCUCUCGGAGGGGCCGUGUCCUGGGAACCUCCCAGGUUUGCUGCCUGUGUGUGGGAGUGGCCCCGGCCAGCCGGAGUCCCCUCUGCUGACCACACAGAUGUUCUUCUGCCAAUACUACGUCCCAUCCCUGCCUGCGACCCCAGGCCUGCUCUGGGGCCACGAGCAGCCAGGGUGGGAGCAGGGGCCUCCGGAGCUGUUGUGCAGUGAGGAUGCCAGCGGAGCUGUCAGGCUGCCAGAGCCGCGAGCAGCGCUGCUUCUCCACGGCCGGCAGGGGCACAGGGCCUGGGAGGCGGCCGCGCAGGUCACCCUGGGUAGGGGAGAGGGCUUUCAGACCAGCAGGCUCUGCUGCCUGUAUAUUUUUCCAAGUCUGUUUUUUACUGAAAAGCUAAGGGCUUGAUCCUAGCCCCGUUCUGUGGGCACAGCCGGGGACGUGCGGGGUGGCCCUGGCCUCCCGUCAUCCUCCAGGGCUGGCACCGGCACAGCCCCCGCCCGACAACCAGGUCUUGUUUCGCGCUCUCCUGUCACAAAUGCUGCACUGUUCGUUCAUUUUUUUAUCUGCAGAUUCUAAUUUAUGCCUAUGCAAAAGAAAACAAAUAAACGCGUGAUGCCCAGGGCGGACAGAA